UAAACUUCAGCUCUGAUAGGAAAUCCUUCCUCUGCGUGAUUGGUGUGGUUUCUCUGAACAUGCUCUCCCUGCUCGUGUCGGUUUGCCUGCUGCUGUCCCGCACCAGCGGAGGCCCGCGCGCCGCCGAGGCUUUGAAUCAAACGGAUCGGGCACUGAGGCGACUUUUUCGGGACAAACCACCUCCUCUGCUCGGUGUCCCGGUGAUCAUGGACUCUCAUCAGGACCAGUCCGCGUCCCCCAGAGGUACCGGGCAGGAGGCGGUCCCCGAGCAGGUGCGUGAGCUCCUGCUCCCGGUCUGGCCCAACAUCAGCCCUCUCAGCGUCUCCGGUGUGACCGUGCGGACGUCGUGCGCGCGGAACAGGAUGCAGCUGCAGGUGGACAGGAGCAUCAUCGGUUCCGAGGAGCCGGAUUCUCUGCUCAGACUGGGGACAUGUCGGGUCAGUCAGUCCACGGGGAACCACUUUUACUUUGACUACGACCUCAGCAUGUGUGGAACCAAACGCACAACUAUUGAUAACCGGAUGGUAUAUUUUAAUGUGCUACACUAUAACCCACCGAAACCCAGAGGACCAAUCAGACGAGCUCUACCCUUUAGCCUCCCUGUUGCAUGUUACUUCAACAGGUACAUUCACAAAUACAAAGUUGGCCACACACCAAAGGUGCAGAUUCAUGAAGUGUCCAAACACAGGAAGAAUACGGCCAAAGUCACGCUGACUGCACUAAACGCUCAGUGGGAAAAGCUUUCCUCGUCAGAUCACUUUGUGAUCGGGGAUCCCUUACACUUUGAGGCCAAGGCGUCGACUUUAUCCCACCACGAAAGACUCUACGUCCACACUUGUUACAUAUCUCAAGACCAGUCACACACCGCCACCCCUCAGUUUCCCAUCAUGAAAAACUUUGGCUGCAUGGUUGAAAAGAAAAGUGGACGCUCUAGAUUCAUUAAGCACAAACAGGAUGCUGUCAGGUUCUCUGUGGAUUCGUCCUCAUUCAAAGGAAUGACUGAACAGCCGCUCUACCUGCACUGCAUCGUUUCUGUGGAGGGUUCAGCUCGCACACCAUCAGCCAAGUCCUGCAGCUACAAUGCCAAAGACAGAAAGUGGGUGGAGUUAUUUGGCCUGGAUUCCGUGUGUGACUGCUGUGACUCCAUCUGCAGCUCCACCGCACCAUCAGAAUUUCAAGUUAUUAGCAGCAGACCAUGGACCAUAGAGUCCAAAGGGAAAGGGGCAUCUUCUGUGCGGAGGAAGACUGAACCAGUGACAACAGAGACACCACAGCUGGAGCCGGGUGAGUGGAGCUGGAAGCCGUGGCCUGCAGAACCAGCAGAAAUGCUGAGGGGUAAGGUGGAGCAGCUGCGGAAGGAGCUGGACGGGUCGUUCGGGGAUGGAGGGGUGUCAUGGUUUGAUGAAGCUGAGGAGAAGCAUGUGAAGGGGUCUGCCGUUGUGGAGGAGGAUGAAAAGAUCACAGAACCCCACCGAAUCUUUGAAGAAAUCUUUCAUUUUGAUGGACAAAUUCCUGCUUAAAUAUGUGCAUGGAGAGGAAUGUAACUACUAAAGCAUUAUUUUCUGUUCAUAAAAACCUUAGUUGAGCAUUUCAAGGUUCUUUUUAAACCUGUGUUGAUCUAAUUAAAUUCAAAGUUGGAUUAUUCAGACAUUUUUACUGCUGUCUGCUUCUUUUAGUUUUUACAAAUACCUCAAAGUUUUUGAUCCAAGUUUGACCCCAAACACUAACCCAAAGUAAACAACGUUAAACACAUUUAAUGUGCAGAUACAAAUAUGUUAUGAAGUCUCUGUUCAUCUCACAUGUUUGGUUAAAACCGCAUUUGCUGGUUCCCUUUUGGUUUUAUGUAGAAAUUAUAGGAUGCUCGUUAUAAACUGAAUUUUGAACACUAUUACACAGAAAUAAAUAUUUCUAUUUCAA